UUUAUUUUUCCAGCUAUCACUAGCAUUGAUAUAGCCAAAAUAGCUAUCUAAUAAUAUUAUUUCGAAUUGUUCCUGGGGCCAUGUCUAUCACAGAUGCCUCAACAAGUCGGCAUGAGAAGUCUCUUGGCCUUCUAACAACAAAAUUCGUUACUUUGUUACAAGAAGCAAAAGACGGAAUAUUGGAUUUAAAAGUAGCCGCGGACCAGCUUGCUGUGCGGCAAAAACGUCGCAUUUACGACAUAACAAAUGUGCUAGAAGGAAUUGGAUUAAUUGAAAAACGUUCGAAGAAUAGUAUACAAUGGAAGGGAGCAGGACCGGGUGGCACAAACAGUGAAGUUUCAACACAAAUAAAUGCCCUGAGAUCACAGAUCUAUUCAUUAGAAGAAAAGGAAAAAGAAAUUGAUCAGCAACAAAUGUGGGUUCAUCAAAGCAUCAGAAACGUUACUGAUGAUAUUGACAACAAUAAAUUGGCUUACGUUACACAUGAAGAUGUUUGUAGUUGCUUUAAAGAUCAAACGUUACUCGCAGUUCAAGCACCUUCUGGAACUCAACUUGAAGUACCAGUGCCCGAACAAACAGCAACUGGUGACAGGAGGUAUCAAAUCCAUUUACGAUCCUCAUCAGGUCCUAUUUCUGUUCUCCUUGUCAAUAAAGAUGUUACCACAUCUGCACCUGUAGCUGUUCCUGUGCCUCCUCCAGAAAAUCUGCCUGAGCCUAUUCUAUUGAAGCCAGAAAAUCCAAUUCAAGAGCCCCCAGUUUUAUCUUCAAAGAUCCCUACCAAUGUCUUAGCACAUGACAAAAUGGACGCGCCACCUUCUAUCAGUGAGCUAUUCGAUCCGAUUGAUGAUUCUGGGGAUCUUUUCGACUUAUUGAAAACAGAAGAUUUUGCUCCUUUACUGAGGCUGUCUCCACCUCCAACAUUGGACUAUGUGUUUAAUCUUGAGCCAUUUGAAGGUGCAAAUGAAUUAUUUGAUCUCUGUGGUGUUUGAAACUGCACAAAAUAAACUGCACAGAUCAGGUACAGCUUACAAGAAUCAGGGAACAUUUAAUUAGUAGUUAUUUCACUGUCAUGAGUAGUUGGUAUUCAUAGUCAAGCAUGGUCUCGUAUACCAUCUUUUGGUGGUUAUUCAUAGCCAAGCAUGGCCUUGUAACAUCUUGAGAGCGUACUUUGUCUAGAACAGUGGUUCCCAAACUGCGGCCCAUGGGCCAAUUACGGCCCACGGAUCGAUUUAAUAUGGCCCGGCAAACUUAAGUCAAAUAGUUUAACACUUUAUGUUUUUACCGUUUUGCUUUCUAAAUACCGCUCACUGUUACAUCAUUAUCACAGUUUAAGAAUGUGUAUAAACAUGACAAUUCAACUAUACUGGUAUCUCAAUUAUAUGUACCGGUAUCUCCCCAUUGCAGGCGUCCUCUCUCGGCCCGCGGAUAUCCUCCGCUUCUAAUUUUGGCCCCCGGUGAAUCAACCACUGGCUUAUAUGGGAUUUCACUUUCAAUCAGAUCAGAUACCAUUCGUUGUAUCUUGCACAUAACAAUUCUAAUUUGUCUCAACUCAGUGUUCUCUUCAUAGAACAUACUCACAUGUGAAUUUCCUUUACUGCUGUCAUAAUUCUUGCAAGUUGGCUUACCUGUUUUCUACCUUUCUCAAGAGAUAAAACUGAUCUUUAGUUGACCAUUUGAGGAUGCACAUGCUGCCCUUGCUCAUUAAUAAGGGGGCCUACCUUCGAAUAAAUGGUUGUUGUUCUUUAUCAAGAAUGUACCUGUAUAGCUUGUGAGAACCUUUCACAUCUCUCUUGGAAGUUCAGAUUGAGCGUGUAUUUAUCUGGAUAUAUUUUUUUUCAAAUUCAUUUAAAAAUUUAUCUUCAGAUUUAUGUAUUAUGCAGCAAAAUAAUGGUGUCAAUCCUCUAUUCUAGAAAAUUUUUGUUUUGGUCCUGCUUUAUCCUUACUGUCAGCAAGACAUCUGAAAAAUGUCGGUCAGAAUUCACAAAUUUAUUUAAAAAUUUCAUAGAGUUAGUUAUCUCUACCCUUGCUCUAAUUUUCCAAAUAAUUUUCAAUUACAGCAUCAAAUCGUCUAUUACAACUGCCACUAUACUUUAUUGCUUUGUAAUGAUUUCAAGAUUUUUUCAGUCGAUUAACUGUCGUUUGUGUUAUUUGUAUCCAAUCAUAUUUAUUUCUUGGAGUAGAAAUAUUUUUCUUAAAUUUAUUUUUAAAUUAUCGUCCCUGUGAACAUGUUUUUAUACAAUUUUCAUUCCUUGUGUUAAAAAAAUUGGCUUGUAAAUGGUGUUUUGUACUGUAUUUGAUAUUUUGCGAAUACAACAAAAAAUGCACAGCAGUCGUGCAUAGAUUUAGUUCUACUUUUUCGGCGUUUGAGCCUUGUACCUUCAACUAUCGAAUUAUGAAAGUUUGAAAAGUAUAGUAUUUUAUAAAAAUCUUCUCCUUAUAUGUUAUACUUGUUUGAAUACGAUGCCUUAGAGGAGUACAAAAAACAAUUUGCGUGUAUUCACUGCUUCAAAAAACUAAACUGAGAUGGAUUGAAGCUUCUCUGGCAACUCUAUUAUGGGAAUUUAGGGUAAUAUACCUGUUUCUAUUUUGAAAAUAUAUGAUAUUCUACUUGUUGCAACAAUAUGUAUAAAAUAAUUUGUUUGGAUUAGUAUCAACUUUGUUUACGUACACUUUCUGUUAGUUCUCUUAUCUUGAAACAAAAUCAUAACCAAAAAAGAAAAAUAUUCAUUUUUUGUAAUUAGUAAGAAACUGGUUUAUACAAGUUACUUAAGAAUCACAAGUGCAGUGAAUAAACAUGAAUUCUGCCAUUCAUGAGUAUUUCUCAGUAAACAAGUCCCUUCCACCAAGCACUGAAAAGAGUUGCACAACAGAGAAUCUUUCAUUUAUUUGUCGCUUAUUUUGAUCUUUAUCAAUAUUUUGCUUAUCCUGACAUAUGCUUUAUUUGCUUUUUGUGCAAGUUCACAGCAUUAAAUUUGGCUCAUUUUGAAAUAAACAAAUCUUAUUGA